AUGGCCACAGGAAAUGAAGAAGGUCAAUUAGAGAAGCGAAAUUUUGAUACUUGUCAUCCAGAACUCUUUCUACAGUUUCCCUUGUGGCACCACAAGCUGGCUGCAUCCAGCAGAUACUACAGAAGUGAAAUGAAGGACUCUCUAUGCAGUGAUAUUCCAUAUCUGUAUCCAUAUUUAAUAGCAUGGAAGGUCUUGGGUGCAGAGGAUGAGGGCAUCGUCCGUGUGGAGAGCGAUUCCCUGGGGCAGCCUGGGUGCCAAGGGAGGAUGCUGGCCUGGGAAGGCAUGGGAUGUGGCAAGGGAGGGAUGGGCACAUGGUCCACCUCCAGCAUAGGGGAUCCUGGCAAGGGGGAGACGUGGACUCUGGAGGAGGCACACCGCUGGGCGGCAAGAGUGUGGUGCCUGGCUACAUGUGGUCUGGGCAGGAUCAUGACCCACGAGGAGGUGAGGAAGUGGAAACUAGUUGAGCUGGCAAUAUUGGCUUCUGUGCAAGCAACCUCCUUUGGCUUCAGUACAACCUCCCUUGGCUUCUGUGUCUUACAAGCGCGCUUCCCAGCAGACAGAAGCAUUAACUGCCUUAGUCUUGGGGAGACAGCCUGGCUAGGCAGUCCAAGUGGGAAAGGAGUUGCAGCCAUGGUCUCAGAGCUUUUCCAGUCUCCCCACACCUUGUUUGCUCUUAGCACCAUGCCGAAGAAUAAAGACUUCUUGAAGCCAAUUCUGUUAGAGCUAGAAUGCCACUUUACCUGGAAUUUACUUAAGGAAGAUAUUGACCUAUUUGAUGUGGAAGAUACCAUUGGGCAACAGCUUGAGUUUCUCACCACAAAACCCAGACUUGCUCUUUAUAAUUUGCUAGCCUAUGUGAAACAUCUGAAGGGUCAAAAUCAAGAUGUCCUAGUGUGCUUGGAACAAGCAGAAGAAACCAUCCAGAGAGAAUACUCUGAGGAAGAUGUGCUAAGUGUGGUCACAUGGGACAACUACGCCUUGGUGUUUUACCUCAUGCAGCGGCUUGAGGAUGUGCAGAAGUACAUAGACAAGGUAGGGGGCAUCUGCAAAAAACUGCACAAGGUGGACCGUCCUGAGAUUGACUGUGAGAAAGGAUGGGCACUCUUGAACUUUGGAGGAAAGUAUUACCAAAAGGUUAAGGCAGCUUUGGAGGUAGAUCCUGACAAUCCUGAAUAUAACAUAGGCUAUGCCAUCAUAGUGUAUCGGCUGGAUGAUUCUGACAGAGAAGGAUUUGUCAAGAGCUUUUCACUGGGGCCUCUAAGAAAGGUUGUGACUCUGAACCCAGAUAACAGCUAUAUUAAGGUUUUUCUGGCCCUGAAGCUUCAAGAAGUCCACGCAGAAUCAGAAGGGGAAAGUUAUAUUGAGGAGAUUCUAGACCAGAUAUCAUCCCAUUCUUAUGUCCUUAGUUAUGCUGCUAAAUUCUACAGGAGGAAAAUUGCCUGGGACAAAGCCCUUGAGUUUUUUAAAGAGGUCUUGGAGGUGAUGCCAACCUCUUCUUUCCUGCAUCACCAGAUGGGACUUUGCUACCAGGCACAAAUGAUCCAGAUCAAGAACGCAACUUGCAACAGACCUAAAGGAAGGGACAAACUGAAGGUGGAUGAGCUGAUUGCAUCUGCUGUCUUCCAUUUCAAAGCAGCCAUGGAUCGAUAUUCAAUGUUUGCGUUUGCCUACAUGGACCUGGCCAAAAUGUACGCAGAGGGAGGCCCUUACAGCAAUGCUGAAGAUGUUUUCCAGAAAGCCCUCACUCUGGAGAACAUAACCGAUGACCACAAAUAUCAGAUCCACUACCACUAUGGCCGCUUUCAGGAAUUUCACCAUAAAUCAGAAAGUACUGCCAUCUAUCAUUAUUUGGAAGCCUUAAAGGUCAAAGAGGGUAGGUCAUCCUUGCGUAUAAAACUGAUAGGUGCUCUGAAGAAACUGGCUAUGAAGAGACUUUGUCCCAUCGCUUUGGAUGUGCAGAACUCAGGGGACCUAGGUUUUGUUUACAGGCUUGAGGGGGAGAAAAGGCAGUCAGCCAAGUACUAUGAGAGAGCACAAAAGAUAAAUGCAGAAUUUCUCACUGCUCUCUGUUUGGAUGAAUACUUCAGACAUUAUAUUGGUUGGUCUACGAGACUCUCAG